UACAAAACAUGACAUGGGUAUGGUAAAACAAUUUUUUCAUUGACCAUUGUCUAAAACAACUAUACAAAUUAUAAUCAAGUUGGUAGUGUACGUGUGUAUCGUGUAUGUCUAUGUAUAUGAGGUACGUAGUGCUCACGUGGGGUCUGAGAUGGUUGCUUCCAUCGUGCUUUUCGCUUAUUUCUUUGGUCUGAAAUGGCAGUGGGUGGAGUGGUGAGUCACCAGAGGCAGUGGCAGAGACCCAGAGAAGGCAAAGACAAAAAUCACUGAAAGAUCCACACACGCAUCCACAUGGGCUUUCUUUCUUUCUUUCUUACUCCUUCAAAAAUUCUCCCUUUCUCCUCUUCUCCCCCUCAAGGCUCAAUUCUAUCUAUCUAUCUACUCAAAACUCAGAUGCCUUAAAUUUUGCUAAAUGGGGUUCGUACAAAACUAACAGACACUCCCAUAUGGCCAUUUCAGACUUACAGUCACUCACAGCAGCAGCCUUUUUUCACCUCCUUUUCUUUUACCAUUACCAUUAACGCCUCUUUAUUUGAUAUUUUCACUAUCUUUUCUUAAUUUGCUUCGUACACUCCAUCAUUUUCCGCUUCCUCACUAUUUUCUGCACUGCAACUUAGCCCAGAAGUGACAACACACACUAUUCUCUUUCCCUUAUGUUUACUUGAUUUGUGCCCUGCCAACUCCUUGCUUUCCCAUUUCCGUAAUUCUUUCUCUCUCUUUCUUGCUUAAUCAUCCCAAUGGCUGCUACUCCCACUCGCCCACCUUCUUCUUCUUCUUCUUCUUCUUCUUCAAUCCCACCCCCUUACCCCAAGUCCCCUCCUCAGUAUCCAGAUUUGUAUGGAAAGCGCCGACAAGCCGCCAAGCUCCAGAUGCUCGACAGGGAGAUUGGUUUCCUCGAGGAAGAAUUGAAGUCUACCGAAGGUCUUCAACCGGCAUCUAAAUGCUGCAAAGAGGUAGCUGACUAUGUGAUCGCCAACUCAGAUCCCAUGAUACCAACAUAUAAGAAACAUCGCCGCAGAUGUCAAUUUUGGAAGUGGCUAUGGUAUGACUCGCAUUAUCAUUUAUUCCUUUAUAUGGAGUAGAAAUAAUAAGUGAAUUGACCUAAGUUUCUCUCGCCUUUGCUAUUUGGCUACUCUAGUUUCCCCGUUGUAAUCUGAAGUAAUAAGGCAUUGCCUAAAAUUUGGCUUAUAGCGAUCAUCAAUCUCAAAUUAGAGGGUAGGUGUCAUUUACUGUGAAGAUACCGAAAACGACCAUAACUAUGUAAAAUAAUAGCCUGGACUUCCCUCGCUACCUUUGCUAAUUGAAGCAGAAAUGUCUCUCAUGUCGUAUGUAGACUCAGCAUUUUGUGUAUACUGGCUAGUGUAUUUGACACAGGUUAGUUUUCUCACUUUGAUGCAGUGGAUUCCCCUGUUGUAAGUUAUCCUGGAUUUGCUGUUGCUGUUAUGCUGGAUGCUCGAUCCAUCUCGAAAUCCCUCCCUGCUGCAACUGUAAUAACCCUUGUAAAUGCCUAUCGUGUAGCAGCUGUAAAUUACCGAAGUGGCUGUGUUGUGGGCAGUGUGGGCAUUGUUGCACUUGUCCAACACUACCCCAAUGCUCAUGCCCUUGUCCAACCAUCACAUGCAGCCAAUGUUGUAGCCAUUUUUCAUUACCUUCCUGCUCCUGCCCAGAGUGGCCAUGCUGUGAAUGCAAAUGCAAAUGCAAAUGCACGUUAGGAAAAUGUCUAAAAGUACGACAUUGUUGCUGUUUUGGUAGCAGAAGCUGUUGUGGGUGUAGUGGAAACUGCUGCUGUAAUCCAUGCCAAUUGUGUUGCUAGCCAGAGACCACUGCUCACUCCCUUACUCUCUCUGGUAUCACUUUGGGAAACUUGGAGUAGUUCAAUUAAGGAAUGUCAAUUAGUCCCAAGAAUGUAAAAUAAUGCUGAGUAAGACGGUGGUGGCGGAGUCAAAAAUGAUUCUUCCUGCGGUGAGCCUAGCGACUGCAACUGUAAUACUGCAAAAACAGUGAGAAGAAUGGGAGCAUCCUAAACUUCGCCUGCAGAAACUGGGAGAGCUCAGCUCAGGUCCAUUAAGCAUAAUAGCAACCAUAAAAGCGCCAGUUGGAUGUUGGAGAAAGAAACGGGCGGUCCCAUGCCACUGCCACUGCUAUAUCAUAAUUAUCAUUUUUUUUUUUCAAUUCACAAGCGCCAUUAUUUGCUAAUGCAACAAGUUGCUCGGUUGAAAAUUUAAGACCUCUACAGAGCUUUCUGUCCUCCCCCUGCAAUCUCACAGCUCGUUUCCUCUUCUUUUGUCCUGUGGCAAUUUUCCAAUACCUAAAAUAAUAGCCAGAUAUGUCAUUUUAUGUUCA